AUGCCUAGAGGAAGAAAACCCUCAUCCAACAACAAGAGAAAGAAAGUAGAGGAAGAGGACAUCAAGAAGACUGAUGGCCAACAAAACGAUCAUGAUGAUAACACCUCCUCUGUACCAAUCUACAAAAAGAAAGCAAGUGGUGGAUCAGUCCGAGGAGUUCGUAAAACCAUUGCUCCUCUCACCAAGGAAGAGAAGAAGGAACAAGACUAUAAGAGAUAUCAAGAAACAAAACAAGCCAUUGCUGAAGCAAGAAGAAAAAAGAGAAAAACUGGCUCAGAUGAAGGAACUGUGGUUCCAAAACCUCGAGUUGAAGAGGUAGAGAAUUUAUGGCAAGGAUGGAAGGAAGUUUUCUUGGUCGGAACGGAAUGGAGUGGCUAUGAUAUGGCUUACAAGUUUGAAUGGGAUUUUGAACAUCUCCAUGAUUUUCUCUUCUAUGAUGAGGACGUUGCCAAGCAAGCAUCAAAGGAAAAUGAAUCGACGAGUACUGAUGAUGAUGAAGAAUUAAAACCACCUGCUCAUGUCCUCGAGAAGGGAAAGAAUUGUUUCGUAUUCGGAAGUACUGAACCACAACUUGUGAAUGGAGAAAUGGUUUACAUUCCAGUCAUGAUUGCUGUGGUGAGUGAUCUCGCUCCACCAACCAAGCUUGGUAUCAAAUCCGUUCAAAUGGUCAAUGAAGAAAUUAUUGACAUGAAAAAAUUGAAAAUGUCUUGGACUCCUUUCAUUCCUAAAGCAAAUCAAAGCAAGAGAAUUAAUUAUGCAAAUCUACCGCAUGUGUUUGCUUUGCAUUGUAAUUUGAGAAGAAAUCAGUUGUCAAGAAUGAAGGAAGAAGACGUCAAAGUCUAUGAAUACUGUCUGCCGUAUUGCUUCAGACCAAGUCGAGUCAUUGAUGAAAUUAAGAAGGACAAUAGUGGAUCCAUUGAAAUGUUGUACGUGUUGGACAAGUCAGGAAGCGUCCAAUUCAGUUUUGAUCCUGAAGAGGAUGACAUUAAUACCAUUGUUGAGGAAGUUUGUGAAGAUAACGAUCUCGACCCUGAACAAUAUACUUCCAAAUUGAAAGAAUUUAUCAAGGCAGAAAUGAAAAAGUUUAAAGAGUCCGUGCAGAAAAAGGUCGAAGAAAAGCAAGCUGAAAUUGAUAAAUUGAGUGAGCAAGAAAGAAAAUCACUCAAUGAAAUGAAGGUUUACAAAUUCUAUCCUCAGAACAAAUCACCAGAUCUCUCACCAUUCAAAGUUGCCUACGUGAAUAGAUAUUAUGGAAAAGCAGAUGUUUUAUUGUAG